AGGUGGCUGCACAGGGUGGGGGGAGUGGCCAGCAGCCCUGCCCAGAUUAAGCGGGAGGCGCGCGGGAGUCUGCGACUCCGGAGGCCAAGUUUGCUGGCCGCUCUAGGGGCUGCCCAUCUGCUGCCGGCCGGCCUUCAACUCGCAGCCAGCACACAGACCUGAGGCUGGACAGGCUGGGAAGAGGAACACAGUCACGGUCACGGGUGGAUUCCCUCCAGCCAUAACCUCGAGGAGCCUGUCUGGUCUGCCUGCUACCCUGCUGUUCCUUCUCUGCCCGGUUGCUCCCCAGAUUCUAACAGGACACUGACUCCCAGCUGUCCAUGAGAGUCUUCUGGAAGAGAGGAGAAGGCUGGAGGAGUAUUUUGGGCACAGAGGUCACCCCUCGAGGGCACCAGUGCUCCAGGUCUUCAUGAGGUGCUUUUUCAGAUGGACCAAGUCCUUUGUCACAGCCCCCUGGUCACUAAUAUUUAUCCUCUUUACUAUACAAUAUGAAUAUGGGAGUGGCAAGAAGUAUGGCGGCCCCUGCGGAGGAAGAAACUGCUCUGUCUGCCAGUGUUUUCCUGAGAAGGGAUCUCGGGGUCACCCAGGACCACUGGGACCACAGGGACCAAUAGGGCCCUUGGGACCCCCAGGACCUCUUGGGAUUCCAGGAGAAAAAGGAGAGAGAGGGGACAGUGGCUCACCUGGACCACCAGGAGAGAAAGGAGACAAGGGUCCAACUGGUGUCCCUGGAUUUCCAGGUGUGGAUGGUAUACCUGGUCACCCAGGGCCUCCCGGACCCAGAGGCAAACCUGGUGUGGACGGCUACAAUGGCUCACGAGGUGAUCCGGGCUAUCCAGGAGAAAGAGGAGCUCCAGGCCCAGGUGGCCCCCCUGGUCAGCCUGGGGAAAAUGGAGAAAAAGGAAGAUCUGUGUACAUUUCUGGUGGCGUUAAAGGUAUUCAGGGAGACCGUGGGGACCCAGGACCACCCGGCUUACCAGGAUCUAGGGGUGCACAAGGAUCACCAGGGCCCAUGGGGCAUGCAGGCACACCAGGGCUAGCAGGACCUAUAGGUCAUCCUGGGAGCCCUGGGUUGAAGGGAAAUCCUGCCACUGGACUGAAGGGGCAAAGGGGAGAUCCGGGUGAAGUUGGCCAGCGUGGUCCUCCUGGGCCCACGCUGUUCGUACAGCCACCUGAUUUGAGAAUCUAUAAAGGAGAAAAGGGUGUAAAAGGAAUGCCUGGAAUGAUUGGCCCCCCAGGACCUCCAGGUCGCAAGGGAGAGCCUGGUGUCGGGAUCAAAGGAGAGAAAGGUAUCCCUGGGUUCCCAGGACCCCGGGGUGAGCCUGGUUCACAUGGAUCUCCAGGUUUUCCAGGAUUCAAGGGGAUACAAGGAGCAGCUGGAGAGCCUGGGCUGCUCGGAUUUCUUGGUCCAAAGGGGGAUCCUGGAGAUCGCGGGUACCCAGGACCACCAGGCAUUUUGUUGACUCCAGCUCCACCACUCAAAGUAGGCAUGAUGGGACCUCCUGGACCACCAGGGGUUCCUGGUCCUCCAGGAUUUCCAGGAGAAGCUGGUAUUCCUGGAAGACUCGACUGUGCCCCAGGAAAACCUGGGAAGCCAGGGCUACCCGGCCUGCCUGGCGCACCAGGACCAGAGGGGCCCCCUGGAUCAGAUGUGAUAUACUGUGGCCCUGGGUGCCCUGGGCCAAUGGGUGAAAAGGGAAAAGUGGGUCCUCCAGGAAGAAGAGGAGCCAAAGGAGCAAAAGGAAACGAGGGACUCUGUACCUGUCCACCUGGUCCCAUGGGACCCCCUGGUCCCCCAGGACCUCCUGGAAGACAAGGAAGUAAAGGAGAUUUAGGGCUCCCUGGUUGGCAUGGAGAAAAGGGUGAUCCAGGUCAGCCUGGUGCUGAAGGACCUCCAGGGCCACCAGGAAGACCUGGUGCCAUGGGGCCCCCUGGUCACAAAGGGGAAAAGGGUGACAUGGUCAUAUCAAGAGUGAAAGGGCAAAAAGGAGAAAGAGGACUGGAUGGGCCACCAGGAUUUUUGGGGCCACCUGGACAAGAUGGUGGGGGUGGACGUCCUGGAGAAAGAGGGGAUCCUGGGCCACGAGGGGACCAUAAGGAUGCAGCCCCAGGUGAGAGAGGGCUUCCUGGACUGCCAGGCCCUCCAGGAAGAACAGGACCUGUGGGGUCUCCAGGCCUGGGAUUUCCAGGCCCACCAGGACAGCGAGGCCUACCAGGAGAGCCCGGGCGCCCGGGCAUGAGAGGCUUUGAUGGCUCGAAGGGGCAAAAAGGUGACUCCAUUCUGUGUAAUGUAAGCUACCCAGGAAAACCAGGUCUGCCAGGUCUUGAUGGACCUCCAGGUCUGAAGGGGUUUCCAGGCCCCCCAGGGGCUCCUGGUAUGAGAUGUCCAGAUGGGCAGAAAGGCCAGCGGGGCAAACCGGGAAUGUCUGAGAUUCCAGGUCCACCUGGUUUUCGUGGUGACAUGGGAGAUCCAGGCAUCAAAGGUGAAAAGGGGACCUCCCCUAUUGGACCCCCAGGCCCACCUGGGUCUCCUGGAAAGGAUGGCCAGAAAGGAAUCCCAGGAGACCCUGCAUUUGGUGACCCAGGACCCCCUGGAGAGAGGGGUCUUCCAGGAACACCAGGCAUGAAAGGACAGAAAGGUCACCCAGGGUGCCCAGGGGCUGGAGGCCCUCCUGGCAUCCCUGGAUCUCCAGGUCUCAAAGGUCCCAAAGGUAGAGAGGGAAGUCGUGGCUUACCAGGGAUCCUAGGCUCCCCUGGCCAUUCCUGUGAAAGAGGUGCUCCGGGGAUCCCAGGACAACCGGGACUUCCUGGAACUCCAGGUGAUCCAGGGGCCCCAGGUUGGAAAGGCCAGCCAGGAGACAUGGGUCCCUCUGGACCAGCUGGGAUGAAGGGCCUCCCUGGUCUCCCAGGCCUACCAGGAGCUGAUGGUCUCCGAGGGCCUCCUGGGAUUCCAGGCCCCACUGGGGAAGAUGGUCUACCUGGUCUUCCAGGCCUAAAGGGGCUCCCAGGGCUGCCUGGCUUCCCUGGUUUUCCAGGAGAGAGAGGAAAGUCAGGGCCAGAUGGAGAACCUGGAGGAAAGGGAGAGGUUGGAGAGAAAGGCUGGCCUGGCUUGAAGGGAGACCUGGGAGAGCGAGGCCCCAAAGGAGACAGAGGACUUCGUGGUGAUGCAGGAGAAGCAGUCAUUUCCAUAAAGGGUGAACCUGGGGAUGCUGGGCCUCCAGGAGAUGGUGGGUUCUCAGGAGAAAGAGGUGAUAAAGGAAGCCCAGGGAUGCGAGGGGGAAGAGGUGAUCCCGGAAGAGAUGGACCACCGGGACUCCACAGAGGGCAGCCUGGGAUAGAUGGGCCUCCUGGGCCUCCUGGCCCCCCUGGCCUUCCAGGAUCACCUGGACUGAGAGGAGUCAUUGGUUUUCCAGGAUUUCCAGGUGACCAGGGUGAUCCAGGCUCUCCAGGACCCCCUGGAUUCCCAGGAGAUGAUGGAGCAAGAGGACCUAAAGGAUACAAAGGCGACCCUGCCAGUCAGUGUGGUCCACCCGGUCCAAAGGGUGAGCCAGGUAGCCCUGGAUACCAAGGACAUACUGGAGCCCCUGGAGAGAAAGGCUUUCCUGGAGACGAAGGACCCCGAGGACCACCAGGCAGACCUGGACAGCCUGGCUCUUUGGGACCACCAGGGUGUCCAGGUGACCCAGGGAUGCCCGGACUCAAGGGACAUCCAGGAGAAGUGGGAGACCCUGGACCAAGAGGUUAUGCGGGAGAUUUUGGGAGGCCAGGUCCCGCUGGAGUGAAAGGGCCUCCCGGGUCUCCUGGUCUGAAUGGCUUACACGGUCUGAAGGGUGAGAAAGGAACAAAAGGCACCUCAGGUUUGCUCGAAAUGGGUCCACCUGGGCCAAUGGGGAUGCCUGGGCAAAAAGGAGAGAAAGGAGACCCUGGGAGUCCAGGGAUUUCUCCUCCAGGUCUUCCUGGAGAAAAGGGCUUCCCAGGACCCCCAGGAAGACCAGGACCACCUGGUCCCGCAGGUGCCCCAGGAAGAGCUGCUAAAGGUGACAUUCCUGAUCCAGGUCCACCUGGAGACUGGGGACCUCCUGGCCCCGAUGGCCCAAGAGGAGUACCUGGGCCUCCGGGUUCCCCUGGGAAUGUUGACCUUCUGAAAGGGGAUCCAGGUGACUGUGGUUUGCCAGGACCACCUGGCUCCCGAGGCCCACCAGGCCCUCCAGGGUGUCAGGGUCCCCCAGGAUGUGAUGGCAAAGAUGGCCAGAAAGGACCAAUGGGACUUCCAGGGUUGCCAGGGCCACCUGGUCUUCCUGGGGCACCUGGCGAGAAGGGAUUACCUGGCCCUCCAGGCAGAAAAGGGCCAGUAGGUCCUCCAGGCUGCAGAGGUGAACCUGGGCCUCCUGCAGACGUGGAUUCCUGUCCUCGAAUCCCAGGACUUCCUGGAGUGCCAGGUCCCAGAGGACCAGAAGGAGCUAUGGGGGACCCUGGACAGAGAGGCCUGCCUGGACCAGGGUGCAAAGGAGAGCCAGGACCGGAUGGCAGAAGGGGCCAGGAUGGCAUCCCUGGAUCUCCCGGGCCUCCUGGACGCAAAGGUGACACUGGAGAGGCAGGGUGUCCUGGAGCACCAGGCCCUCCUGGUCCAACUGGUGAUCCUGGGCCCAAGGGGUUUGGCCCUGGAUCCCUCAGUGGCUUCCUCCUGGUUCUCCACAGUCAGACAGACCAGGAACCGGCCUGCCCCGUGGGCAUGCCUCGGCUUUGGACAGGGUACAGCUUGUUGUACAUGGAAGGACAGGAGAAGGCACACAAUCAAGAUCUUGGUUUGGCAGGCUCUUGUCUUCCUGUGUUUAGCACUCUGCCCUUUGCCUACUGCAACAUCCACCAAGUGUGCCACUAUGCCCAGAGAAAUGACAGGUCCUACUGGCUGUCCAGUGCAGCUCCUCUUCCUAUGAUGCCACUCUCAGAGGAAGAGAUCCGCCCUUACAUCAGCCGCUGUGCGGUGUGUGAGGCCCCAGCACAGGCCGUGGCGGUCCACAGUCAGGACCAAUCCAUCCCACCGUGUCCACGGACAUGGAGGAGCCUCUGGAUUGGGUACUCAUUUCUGAUGCACACUGGAGCUGGGGACCAAGGAGGCGGGCAGGCGCUGAUGUCACCUGGCAGCUGCCUAGAGGACUUCAGAGCUGCACCGUUCCUUGAAUGCCAGGGCCGACAGGGAACCUGUCACUUUUUUGCAAACGAGUACAGCUUCUGGCUGACCACCGUGAACCCAGACCUGCAGUUUGCCUCUGGCCCGUCACCAGACACCUUGAAAGAAGUUCAGGCCCAGCGCCGGAAAAUCAGCAGGUGCCAGGUUUGCAUGAAGCACAGCUAAAGAAUUCAAAACAUGCCAACAUGCCAACCUGCAUCAAGGCAGACAUCCAGUGGAAGACAAACUUCCUCAACUAUGCCAGCAAAUUCAGUGGUGCUCUCUCCAGACUACUGCCAUGCCUUGUCUCAGCGUGGUUAUUCCCAGCCUCCUCUCCUCCUCUCCUCCUCCUCCUCCUCCUCCUCUAUGGAUCAAGCAAACACUGUACAUAUGGAGUUGUUUCCCCCCCCCCUUCUCCUUUUAUUGAGAUGAUAGAACAGGCUUUAUUUGAACAUGUGUUAAUUCCCAGAAAAGCAAGCGGAUGACAAAGACCAGAUUAUAAACUCCAUUCAUUGGUCGAUAGAGUCUCAAACAACUGAAGUCAAUUAUUCUGUAAUCCAUUGGGCUUCUGGCUAGAUUUUAUAGGAAAAAAUAUAUAUAUAAAUAGGUCAACAAAUGAAGCGACGAAGUAGAGAUUUUUCAGUGUUUCAAAAUGAUUCCCUCUAUAAUCUUUUUUUUUUAAGCCAGGCACUUUAAAUAAUUGUAAGACCAUGGCCCAAAGAGGUUUUUAAAAAGGAGGAAGAAAAAGAAAACCAACCUUUCUACACUGCCAGCAUUAGCAGAUCAUUUCAAAGCAGAAAUGGGUCAUUAUGCAGGAAGGCCUGCAGUCCUGUAUUCCGGAGCCUCGAGAUUAGCAUAAACACUUCACAGAUGAAUAUAAAACAUUAUGUUCUCUUCUGCAUUUUACAGAGAAUGGAAAUGCCUACUUUGGCAACCCCUUUGAAAAGUAGCAAUUAUCGAAAAAAUAUAUUCAAUAAGGGAUUAGGGGCCUAAAAGCUAUUAAUGAAUAUUAAGGUAGUGAUUCACAAAAAUUGACUCCCCGUCCCAGGGAACUCGCAAACAGACCACUUUUCCCCAGUCGGGGGCCAGCAUGUCCUCCUGCUAAUGGGACUGAAGCCACAUGGGGCUUGCUCAGGCAAGGGAGAGCCUGAUGCAAAGCCACUGGCUCUCCUUCCCAGGAGAAACUGUGAGGCUCCUCCUCCAGAUGGAUAAUGGUGACUCACUCUGGAAGUGACAGGGCUAUCAUUAUGCAGAAAAUUAAGGGCUGACUUAAUUAAACUUAGGUAAGAAGAUUCAUUUAUGUCAGGGUCACCCCACCAGGAAAGCAUGGGGCUCUCUUGAACAGAAACAAAGACUAUAGCCAAUCUGAAUUUUGUGUCCCUGUGAUUUUUUUUUUUAAAUGGGAGCAUCUGUCUCUCCAAUUUUCAAACAUUCUUUAUAUUGUAUUAGCAUCAUGGCAAGACAGUUGUUUGACACUGGUACUUAGCAGCUCCUGUACACGGGUAGGAUCCCUGUCAAUUUGCAGUGACUUUUCUGCAUACCAAAAGGUCUGCUUGCUAUCAAGUUGGGGAUGUCUACAAACCACAACUUGAAAGGUUUGCUAGGAAAGAUUUUUUUUUUUGAAACUCACCUUCCUCAGCCAAAGUAAAAUUGUCAUUUUAAUGGAAAGGAAGGAUUUUUUCCCCCCUGAGAGAGACACUCAUGUCAGAGCUCACUUUUCACUGCACUUAAGAAUAAUUGAAAGAAAAACUCAAUUAAAAUUUGGUUUCUGAGGCUGCGGAGGCGACUCGGGCUAACAGCACUUACUGCUUUUUCGGAGGAGGAUCUGAAUUCAGUUCCUGGCACCCAGUAGCUGGCUCCCAGUCACCAGGAACUCCAGUUCCCCUUUCUGGCUCCCAGGGGCCCUUCUGUACCCAUGCAAACACCCACCCACAGACAUACUCAUACACAUAGAAACAAAAGUAAAUAAUGAUACUUCUAAAGAGUGUUUGCCUUGCCAUCAUUUGGCCAGUGAUGAAUUCCUUCAUGCAGAAUACAUUUAGCAUUUUUUUUUAUCUCUGUAGGAUGUCUAUGGGAUGGCAUUUUAAGAUAACUUUCUGGUUAAUAACAUUUUUAUUAUGUUUUAAGAUAGCAUCCCAGUCUAUAGUUCAAGUUGGCCUGAAACUUGCUACAUAACCUCACAUUGGCUUCAAUAUCCUGGCAAUUGCCUGGCAUCCCGGAAGUGUUAGAAGCCCAGCCUUUUAAAAAGAAACACGGUUUUCGUUUUGCUUUGAAGACGUUGUCUCUGCUUGGUCUGGAACUUGCUAUAUAACCAGGGCCAAACAUCUCUAUUUUAACAUAAAAUAUUUUCUUGAUGUAGCAGAAGUUUUCCUAUUGACCCAUUUGGUUUUAAGUUCAAUGCUGUGCAUGUUAAAUAUUUUUUGAGUGUCCAUUUCUUCUUUAUUUACAUUACUCUUACAUUUCCAGAUUCUACAUUUAUCAUUCUAAACCAGGCCUGAACUUGGCCUGAGAACAUGUUCCCGGAAGAGGUGGUUGGGAAUAGAUGAACUGUUAGAACACACGUGCCUAGCUACAUAACAAUGUUAAACCCUUCAGCCUUGCUGCUAGAAUAUUAACAUGCUUCAAGUAAGUUAUGACUAGUUGAAUUAAGAGGGCAAUUUAGCUACUCAAGAUAGUGAGCAUGAAACACUUCAAAGUAUAGACCCCACGGUCCUCCUGUGAAUAGCACAAGGAUUACCGAUGUAUUUAGAAAUGGUCCAGAAGGCAAAACCCUAGGAAAAGCACUCUGGGGACAGAAGAGUGUGUUAUCUUAAAAAAGUUAUCUUUUCUCUUUCCACCUGGCUGUAUAGCAAUGUUUUUGGAACAGCCUCACUCAGUGGGGACCACGAACAAAGCUUUGCAUAUAUACUAAUCCAUGACUGUGCUGGUCUUAUCUAAAUGUCCUUUUCAAGACCUCCGCCCUUGACUGGCUGGAAUGUGCCUAGAUCCCUAGUGGGAAUUACUUUAGGGCUCCGUACUAGAGCAUAGAUGGGGUGUUUCAUUCUGGCAUCUCAUUCUUGGUAAGCAGAAGCCACCUGGGAUCCAAGCUUCUUGUGGUUGGUUCCCCAGACUGAAACUCACAUCCCUGCUUGUGUGGGUUGCUAUCCCCUCUCCAUGCUUCUUGCUCUCACCCAGAUUUCCACCUAGCCUCGUAUAGGAGAUGUCUCCAGUUUGGAAUUCCAGUCAUCCUCUAAGUUCCAUCCAAGUUAGACUGUUAUCUUUUGGCUUAAAAUCCUGAAUGACUACACUGCCUAUGCAGUCCAAGAUGACUUCACAUGGGGUAAGAGGUCCACUGUGAACUGAGGUUCAUUGUCAUUCUUGUUAGCAUGAGCUGCACACAGCUCUGCAGACACUUGCAUACCUUUGUGUCUUUGGCUCCAUUUUUGUGCCAUCUGUGUCCUCCCUAGGGCCCACUGGUUUGAUAGACACACUGGUUUGUCCUAACACAGUGGAUUAGUGGCAGGUAUAUGAACUUCCCAAAGAGACUGGGGGGCUGGCUGUCUCCUCUCUGUUCCGUCUCUAAUGUCUCAGGACACUUCUUUCAUUCCGUAGGUAAAAACUGAAGCCCCUGUGGGGCAGGGACCAUGCUUUGCUGGUGUUUGGGAGCCUAUUAGUAGCACAUGAAUGAGCUAUUAUUGGCUUGAUUAUUUCAUUCAGUAACAAUUUCUUAAGUCUCUGACGUACAGCUCUCCAUAUAGGAUCACACUGGUAAAAGGGUUACCGGCAUUAACCUGUUUUACUUCAGAAUAUCAGAAAGUUAAACAUAGCUACACACCCAUAAUCUCUUAAUACAAUUAUCACCAUAAUGCCAACCGACAAGCACUGACCCUUCCUCACUGCACAGUCAAUUACUUCUCUGGCUACAAGAAUAGUGAAAAAAAAUGACUUGUGAAUGGGGUGGACCCUGAUUUUAAUCCCCUUUCAACUGCGUUGCCUUAGGUGAGUUCUGUUAAAUUGCACUCUUUUAUAAGAUAGGACAUUAACACUCAUGUCGAGAAUUAAGGUUGGAUUAUUACCUACCUAGUGCAUAGAAGUCACCAUUCACUAAGUAUGGGCACGUCUCCUAUUUAAAAUAAGGUGUUUUAAUAUGAAAAUUAUUUCCUGCUCCCCCCAAUCCCCACAACAAAAUGACGUGUUGAUUUUCACAGCAUAUAGAUUACUGAUUAGAAUUAUUUAUACAUAGCCAGUCCUAAUGUCUGCUUUAUUUCAAGUCACAGAGUUACUGUUCCACACAAAGCAUCCCAAUCUCCUGCAGGGCCAUUAUGAGUAAGGCCUGCAGGGGACUAGCAAUCCACAUUUUAAAAAAAGUCAGCAUUCUGCAAUGGUCACUGCUACUAUCUGCAAGGAACUCUGCGCGGUGCAUUUUAAACCAAGACAUCUGGCUGCCACGCCCAUGUGAAAUGCUUGAAUUUUAUGGUGCUUAAAUAUUUAAUGAUUCGUCGGAAAAAAUGUGAAGCAUGUCCAUUUAAAUUGCAUCCGUGUCUCUAAACCAUGGUUUUAAAGUAAAAAAUUUUUAUCGCGUCACUUUUGCCAAGAUGCCCGAUCUACUACUAAAGCAUAAAUAUUUGCUUUAUUGUCACGUACAAUGUGACUGAUUAUAGAUAAAACUCUGUGGCGGCUCCCAAGACUACUGUUGUUGAUGAAUGUAUUUUCUUGUAAGCUAAAGUGGGUUUCCUCUUACAUGUGUAUGUAUGUGUUCUUGUGUAUAGACACAUUAUAUGAAGUUGUGUGUAUGUAUGUAUUACGUGUAUGUAGGAACAACUCUAAACGGUUGUUCCUCAGGUGCCAUUUGAAUGAAAAAGAAAUAAAAGGAAAGAAAAUGACUGCUUA